UUCAAAGUUGAGUGAAAACGUCGUCGUUUGCACUUUGCAGGCACAGCAGCCGCCGCUGCUGCGUUGCGUUACCUGUUUUCCUUAAACCCUCUGAAAACCCAAGCAGUUCAAAAAUAUCUACAGUUCACGCGGUUCAGGACUCCGGCGGCGAGGUUUUGACUGUUAAUCCUUUAUAAUAAUUGGGAUGGGCUUGACACAUUGUAUGAAGCGUCCAGUUGAAAUUCUAUACAAAAGGCUGAUUAGGCCGGUCAGCCAUGGCCAUGCUUCUGUCGCGCAAAAAGGAGUCUUAUUUACUACACUCUCGGAAAGAUAUGCUGCUGGUGUACCAAAUAAUUCCAGAUGUAUCAAUAGCUUUGGAAUACUCUUCACUCGGAAUUACGCAUCUGCAGCAUCCUCAUCUGAACAAGUUAACCUCAUAAAACAGCUGAGGGAAAGAACAAGUGCUCCGAUGAAGGAAGUAAAAUCUGCUCUUGUUGCUUGCGACUGGGACAUUGAGGCUGCACAGAAUGAGUUAAGGAAAAGAGGGGUUGCUCUUGCAUCAAAGAAAUCUUCUCGAACUGCUGCGGAGGGUUUUCUUGCAUUGGCUCAGGAUGAAAAGAAGGCGAUUCUUGUUGAACUCAACUGUGAAACAGACUUUGUUGCCAGGAAUGAAAUAUUUCAGCACUUGGCCUUAUGCUUGGCAAAAUCUGCUUUAGUGAUCGAAGGUUCUUCACAAGCAUCUGCAGCUAUUCCAGUCAGUCCCGAGUCUCUGGAGGAUUUAAAGAUAAACUUUGACCAUCCUAAGCUAACUGGAGAGAAAACAGUACAAAAUGCAAUUACGGAGGUGGCUGUCAUGACGGGGGAGAAUGUCAAACUUGGAGGAGGUUUUGCAAUAUCUGCACCUUCAUAUGGUGUCCUGUCUACAUAUCUUCAUACAAGUCCCAUGCCAGGUAUAGGACGCAUUGCUGGACUUUUAUCUCUUGAGGUAGAGGAUAAGAAUGCUCCUUUGGAUGCUGUACAGCGUGUUGGAUCACAAAUAGCAAUGCAUUUAGUUGCUGCAAAACCAUUGUUCCUGUCAAAAGAAGAUGUUACUGCUGAUGCACUUGGCAAUGAGCGUGAUAUUCUUAGGUCUCAGGCAGAGAAAACCGGGAAGUCUCAGAUGGCUAUAGAUAAAAUGGUUGAAGGUCGCCUAAGAAAGUAUUAUGAGGAAGUAGUCCUCUUGGAGCAGAAGUUUAUCGUUGACGAUUCAGUAAACAUAACGAAAGUGUUGGCGAAUCUGUCCCAGGAAGUAGGAUCCACUGUGAAGAUCAGGAAUUUUCUGAGAGUUGAAGUUGGUGAAGGGGCUAAAAGGCUCGAAGCUGCCAGUGGAACAGAGCCUCUGUCUCAGACUGCCUAGAGACUAAGCAAACCCCUCCUCGAUAACUUCACGUUUGUCGGUGUGAAGAAGUUUCUAUGCUGCGUCAAGUGAGUCUUUGACAUGAGAAUACAAUGACUUUUUUAUGUAUGAUUGCCUAUGAGUUUCUAGUUGAGUCGGCUUUGACAUUGAGAACACAACUUGGAUGAAUUGCAAAAUUUCUAGGAGAUAGUUAGAAGUAGAAUAAUCACCGUUUUUCUAUUUGCAUUUUCAUCUAGCAAUAGGUGAACGAGAUGAUCUGUGAUCCAAUAAACUCUGUCUUUUGUCCAACAUAUGUUGAAAAGAAUGAGAUUCGGUUUCUCAGAAUUCAAUACAAUGCAUUUUCAAAUA